AUGGACAAGUUCAUGCACAAAGUCAAGGAAGCUAUAUCUAGUCACCAUGACGAGAACAAAGAAUCCUCUCAAGGAUCUUCCAACAUAGGGAAGCGAGAUGACUAUGACACCAAGAGCCCUUCAAACAAUGCCCAGGGCUCACAUAACAUGGGGUCUGAACAUCAACGAUCCAGUGAUUUUGAUACAGAUCAAAUUACUCAUGGAGACACCGACAAUGUUUACGGAUCAAAUAACCAAUCCUUUGGCAACGAUGGUUCUCUCGCCAACAAAUUGGACAAUACUAGAGAUACCUAUGGAUCAAACACUGUCGGUAAAGAAGGCUUCGUCUCUGGAGGCCUCGGAGCUGAUAAUGCCGAUACCGGAGAUACCUAUGGCGACAACACGUACAGUCUGACUAACACAGGCAUGAACUCUGGUCUGGGAUCCGAUACCAAGAAGUCUACUGGCCAGAAUAUGGGUGGUUAUGGUGGCCUGGGCCCUGACCCCCACAAGGACCCUGACUACACCUCGUCGAACAUGGGUGGAUACGGCAGCGCUGUCAAUGAUGUUCGCGACUUAGACAAGAAAAUUGGCAUGGAUACUACACAAGAUCUAGAUGACCGCGGAGGUUUCGGAAACACAACAACCGUGACAGGCAACAGUGGCUUCAAUUCACAUGUCGGUCCUAACAGCAACACAAUGUGUGGCUCUGGUAACACAGAUUCUGUUGGUCAACAUGACUUUGGUGGCACUGCUGGUGGUGGUAGUAGCUACAAUUCGCCUGAGCCUGGCAAGAGACGAUUGUCUGGACCUCAUAAGUCCAAAUUUUUGAAUUCACUUGAUCCCCGUGUGCAUAAGUCUGACUACGUGCGUAAUGCUGACAUGAACGAAGGCAACAUGGUGGGUAACCAGCGUGGAUCCUAG